GUUCUUACAAUUUUCAAUUACGAUUUUUUGUAAAUUUAUUCUUAAAAUUUACAAAGUUAGCAUUUAUGGCUUCAGGUACUACUACUAUUCGGCUAUAUUAAUAAUAUUUUUUCAAAGGCCUAUUCGUUUUUGUUUCAUCACAAAACUUGAUUAUUUAAGAGAAGGCGGUUUGUAACAAUGUGCCCUGUUAUGGUGCUAGUUGUUACAGUGAAGGGGAAAAUUGUUACAACACAUUGUAUUAGUAAACAGAAGGAACAAUUCAUACCUUAUUAAGCAAUUAAUUACAGACACUAUACCAAUUAACAAUUAAUUACAGAAAUUAACUUUAAACAUUUUCAUUAUAUAUUAGCAGCUUGCCUUAGAUUCUUCCAGAAGAGACUUCAUCAGCUGCUAAUUUAAACGUUUCCAAACUUGUAUUACCUCUAUUAGUAUUCCUUUUGUACUUUCGUACCAUCUUUCCUGAUAAAACAAUAAAUUUAGUCAUUUGCCAACGCAAGUUAUUGCAAAAGAUAUGGGUCACGCUGAUACACUGUAACAAGGUGCUCCUUGUCCAGUGUAACAACUGGCCCCACAGUACGCCAUUUUAAUGUAACGGUCAAAGCAGUGUGAAUAUUCGACUGAAGUGAAGAACGAAGUACACGCAUUGUUCUUAAUAGAAAGAGCUUUAGUACAUGACAGAGAAGAUGGGUGGAGCGGAAGGGACACAAAUGGAUGUUGACUUUGUGGACAUGGAGAGGAAAACAGAUGUCACAGUCGAACUUGUAGAAGAAUUACAAAUCAAAACCAAAGAGUUCCUUCAGCCAAACCCAACAGCAAGAGCAAAGAUGGCAGCCGUGAAAGGAAUUUCGAAACUUAGUGGUCAGGCCAAGGCAGCUACGUACCCACAGCCUGAGGGAGUUCUGGGUGAUUGCAUGGUCACAUAUGGGAAAAAGCUUGGCGAUGACAGUGUGUUUGGUCUGGCACUGAUUGAGAUGGGAGAGUCUAUGAAACAGAUGGCAGAUGUGAAGUAUUCCUUGGAUGACAAUAUCAAACAGAACUUCCUUGAACCACUACAUCAUUUGCAAACUAAGGAUUUGAAAGAAGUUAUGCACCAUCGGAAGAAACUGCAAGGACGAAGGUUGGAUUUUGACUGUAAGAGAAGGAGACAAGCCAAAGUGGUGUAUAAAAAGAGUGGACUCAGCCCAUAUGGGAGCCCAUCACGGAGCCCCAUGGGGGGCCCAGCUGGUUCUCACAUUACAGAUGAGGAAAUUAAACUGUCCGAGGAUAAGUUCGCAGAAUCUCUGCAUCUUGCUCAGAUGGGGAUGUUCAACUUGCUGGAGAAUGAUGUGGAGCAGAUUUCUCAGCUGGCGACAUUUGCUGAGGGCCUCCUGGAUUACCACCAGCAAUGCACAGAAAUCCUUAAAAGCUUGACUGAAAUAAUGUUGGAAAAGAAGGAUGAAGCAGCAAGCAGACCCAAGGCAGAAUUUAUUCCCAAGACAUUGGCAGACCUACAUGUGGAAGGCAUCUCAGAUGGUUUGAAUGGUGCGCCACCCCUCCCACCCCCCAGUACGGGCUCUUCUCAGGCUUCUUCUCCUGUGCAUCCCAAACCGAAUCAACUGGAGCUGUUUCCUUCCACAGGCAGUGCGCCACGCUCUUCUAAUGCAUCUCCUUUGCCGUCACCAAUGAGAUCUCCUGCUAGGACCCCUAUGACAAAGGGUCCGUCUUGCACAGCCCUCUAUGACUUUGAGCCUGAAAAUCCUGGUGAACUUGGUUUUAAGGAAGGUGACACCAUUACACUGAUAAAUAAGAUUGAUGAUAACUGGUAUGAAGGCAGCGUUCACGGUCGCACAGGUUACUUUCCGGUUACAUAUGUGCAAGUUGUGGUACCUCUGCCUUGAUCUGCAACACCGUCGUCCAUGUCAGCACCUUGCAGUGGUAACUAGCUCUCGUCUUCUCUCAUCUCUGUCUGUUUUAUGACUACAUUCUUGUUAGAAUGUCCAUGCUAUACUGCAGCCUUCUGUUUGUCAUAGUCUGAUUUAAUUAAAUACUGUCAUGUCGGUGACAUCAUCUUUAGCACCUGCUUCUUUUGGUUUGUAGUAGACAUUAUAGGAUAAAAUCUUCUUGGGUGACCAGUCAUAUCAAUUUAUAACAGAAGUUUAGCACUGCAGAGACAGUUUGUAACAUCAGGCAAUUUUUUGACGAGUAGCUAAUGUUGGCUGAUAUAUGUACAUUACAGAUCUGUUGAGGCUUCACCUUUAGGGACCCACACUAACCCUUGCAAGAGUAAUAGGUGCAUUUAAAUUGACAUGGCUGAUAACCUGAGAAGAUAUUAUCAUCUUUAGUUGUGUGAAAAUCUCAAGUCUCACAUUACAUUAAAAUUAUUAUGCAUAUUUUUACAUGUUCUGUUAUGAAAUUAUAAUAAAUUGAGUAUCAUCUACCAGGAUUUACUGUAGUGAUACUUGGCAUUGUCUUUUGCUUGAACUUCAUAAUUAUCAGUUUCAUUAUUUCUCUUUUAAUAGCUUUAAGGGAAAUGUUUUACCAAUUUUGUAUCUUCAUUUAAAGUGUCUUCUUUAAGUAGCAGUUGUGGAACUUCUGUGAUAAUUUUAAUUUGUUAUAGUGUAAUUUAGAUCUCAGACUGGCAUAUGCAAAAAAUAAAGACAAAUAAUAUUUACAAGAGACAGUGAAAUUCAGAAUUACAUUUUACAAAAUUGUAUUGUUUAUGCAGGUACCGUGAAGUAAAAAUAUGUUGCAGUUCAGAAGGCUGUGUGUAUGCAUUAAUUCAUCUUGGUGUCUUUCAAAUUAUAAUUUGCCUUAUACUUUCUUUUAGUGUUAAAAAUCAAUUAAUUGUAUGGUUAAGCAGGUUACUACUGUAACAGUAAUGUUGUAAAUAUGUUUUAAAUGAGUUUAGUGAUGAAAGUAAAAUUAUGUACAUUUGCCGUGAUGUUUGCACAGAAAGCAAGAUAGUUGAAAAAAAGAGUGUGGUGUUGUGAUUUUCAUUUCUUGAUUUAAAAUAAUGAAUUUGUUGAAUUGGGAUAGAAAUAGAAUUUUUAUCAUUAAAAGAAAAUCAGUAAGAGAAGAUGAAGUAACAGAUAUAAAUUUACUGUUUUUGAUUUCUCCUCUUGCAUGAGGUAACGUUGCCGUCAUUAUUAAACAAAUUGCAAUAACAGAUUGAGAUAAAUGCUUUGUGAAAAAGGCAAAAAGUACAGUAAUAAUGAAUUAGCAAAUUAUACAUAAUUAUAGUACAGAUUUAUUAUAAGAGAUUGUAGGUCUAUACAUACGAUCAUGUUUAUGAGAUGAACUGUUCCUCUUUAAUAGACAUAGUAAUGUGUAUUACUCAGUAAGAAAAUAAAUCUUGCCUCUGCCAUUGAUGAUAUUUUAAAGAAUAUACUCGAAGCCAGAAAGUGAAUUGUUAUGGAAGCUUCUGUUAUAUGAGAGGUUCAAGAUGGUUGCACUAGGCAUGUGUGCAUAUGUGAGGUAUGUCCUGUUGACACACUGAUUGUAAAACUUCUUUCUCCCAAUUCUUGUCAACUCUUACAUAAUUUCAGAAGCUUUCCUGUCAAGGUAGAAGUUAUGUCUCAGUUGAAAAUAAAUUUUAGCUCAAAAUUAAAACCAUUCUUUAUUAGAAAAACAUUCUUCUGUAAAUGCAGUGAUGUAUACAUUGUUGUUUAUAUUUGUAAGUAGACAGAUCAGAUGAAUUGAACUUAACCUUUAUUAAUCGUAGUCACUGUUUACACGCGAUUUAGCUGGUCAUGCAUUGUUCUAGCAUACUGCUAAACUAUUAAAUCCCAUAGUCAAAGUCUGGCUGCAAACUUAUUUCAGGGGUUUAAAUCUCCUAUUCCCAUACAAUGAAGGUAAAAAUGUAUUGCAUAUUGGACAUUUUGUACUGUCUUUACUACCACAGAAUGGACAUGCAAAUAAGCAAUAUCUUUGAUUUAGUGUUUUAUAUGAAACUAUUUGUGAUACUUUUUCUGUGCUUGUUUGCUUUAGUUUAUAAUGCAAAAUUAUUAUUCUGAGGAGCCUCUGUUAUAAUUGUAUUCUGAGCAAGUUUUCUAAAUCAUAAUAAUAUGUGCCAUAAUAAACUUCCUUUGUGCUCUGAAGGUUCUAACUUGCUUUGUAUCUGAUAGCGCAUGGGACUAUGUAGCAUUUAUUCUUUUUGUCAUUUAUAUAAUGUUAUUCCUUGUUGUUUCUUUUCUGUACAAAUUACAUUUUCUUUAAUUAAAACAGAGUCAUUGUGCUUUGUAACACAGUGCUGCUUGCAUGAAAAUCAUUGUCCAUAUCCAUCUAAGGAGAUAAUGAUGAGUAACACAUUUAAUGAAAAUCAGCAAGUACAUUUAAAGAAGGGGUAUAAUAAAUGUAGUAAAGGAAUUUACAAAUAUAAAAAGGAUAGUUGUAUUUUGUUACAAUCUGGCAGGACGUUUAUCAAAAGCAAGGGCCUUUCAGCAUUCAGAUAAAGAAAAGUUGAUUGGUAAAGUAUACUUACAGUUUUUAGUUUCAAAAAUUUGUUCAUUUAAAUGUUAUUAUCAGUAAUUGUAAACUGAUCUCCCUUCAAAAAAUCAUACUGAUAUGUUAUCAGUGAAAACAUUAUUGUUCUCAUAAAGUCAUUUUCAUUUUAUGCAGAAAUAGUAGUUUUGUCAUGUUUGUUUUACACACUUUUUACUUUAAUACUGCGAAGAUCAAGAAUUUAAAAAAUAUUUUGAUACAUCACAAAACAAGAGACUUGGAAGUACUUUUGUAAGUACUUGGAAGAUGACAGGCAAAUUUAGCAUGUAAGUGCACUUUUUAAGAUGUGUAAUUGUAGAAAAAGAAUCAACUUUUGGGGGAAGAUUACUUUAGAAGAAAACCAUCACAACAACUAACUAUUUUUCAUUUCACUUCUUGUCCUUCAGUAAGAAAUAUUCCAAUUUGUGUACUGUCACUGUGACCUAGCUGUGCCCUAUUCAUUUGCUUUUAUCAUAAGUUUCUACUUAAUCUCUUCCAUAAAUGAUAGUAUUUCAACCAUAAUGCCCAGAAAUAGUCGACAGUUCUUAAUUAUUCUUGUUUUGUACAAAAAAUAAGGAGUGUUGAUUUCAAAAAUAACAAUAAUUUUUUUCUAAUUGAAUACACUGGAGAAAGAAGAAAGAAAUCAUGUGUUUGUAAAAUCAUGUUGCAUUGAAACUGUAUUUCAACAAUUACAAACUGUGUUCAUGAAAUAUUCCAUGUCUCCCUCUCUCUCCUGCUGCUUGUUGUCUCAGUGUUGAAGCUGCUUGCCUUGAAUGAAUGGCUUACUAAAGGUUGAACAUUGCUGAAAGGGUAGUGACGUUUUCCAUACCUAGCGUCUUCGGUAUCACCACUUGGCUUGACUGUUAUUUCAGUGUGAUUAUAUGCAGGCAUCUGAAAUGAAGGUUAACCACUUCAAUUUAGAAUCUCCAAUGUGCCUCUCUACGUAUCUGCCUGUAAUGUAACCUCACCUUACCGCUAUUGAUUUUGUCAUUCUUCCAGAAAUGAGUACUGAUAUAUAAUUUUACAUAAUUUUAGAAAGCAUCUUAAAAAUGCCAUAAAGCACACAAAGGAAAAUUAAUGUAAACGAAACGACAAGGUCAGAGGCAGCACGUGAAAGAUGAAGACAGUUGUGAUCUUUGUAAUUUCAAGCAGUGAUGAUACUGAACUGCUAUGCUCUAAGGAGUUGCCCUCUGUGUCAUCUGUGCUAUUGUCCAGUAUUGUAACCGUUUUAAACAUUGCCCUUGCACAUUUUUAUGUGUUCCUUGUUCUCUGUCCUGUCCAGUGCCAUGUCUCAACAUUAGGAAUUAAACUGGAAGAAGAAAACAUUUUUCAUACAUCCACAUCCGUAAACCUUACUAAUUACAAUGAGACUUACAUUGAUUUAUCUGAAUAUAGACUGUUUUUUUGCCUUUUUUUUAUAUCAACCCUCACUUCCAGUUUAAUUUCCUAAUUUCCUUGAGUGGCCUCGCCAUUCCACUGAAAGGAGAGAAGCAAAGUGUAACCAUGGGGGCUGGUUCUAUAGCUCUGUGUGUUUUGACAAUAUUGGGAAGAUCAGACAAUAUAUUUAAAAAAAAAUCUUGAUAUUGUGGAUGGCUGUUAUUUUUAAGAUAAAAAGUGUAAUAUUUUUAUUAAUGUUGUUUGUCCUUCAUGGCUUUCAGUAUAGUGAUAUUACUUUGUAACCAUUACAUUUAGCUCUAUCUGAUUUGGAUUUAGUGCAACCUAAUUUACACACCUCAGACAACAUACAGAAAUACCCAGUAUUUAUAAAAGAAAGUUUAAUUUUUAAUAUCACAAAGAAACAGAUUUUCAAGUUAUAUGAGAAAUUGAGGAGCCAAAGGUUUUAUGUACAUUCCAGAAUAAGGUAUUACAGGUACUGAAAAUACUGGAAAAUGAUCCAGUAUUUAUAUUAUCAAGAAUGUUUGCUUGUUUGUGCUUUGAACAGUUGUUUCUUUUCACAGAAUUGUAAUAAUAACAUCACAGUUCUAUUGUAAUCAAGUUUUUAACAUACCAGUGUAAUGAAUUCACAGUAUGGAUAAAAUUCGCACAGUAAAAUCCACAAUGUGAACAAAAAUAAUUUGUAAUGUGGACAAAUUCUGGUUAUGAUUCCAUUUAAUGUUUUGCAUUUUGUUUUCCAAAUGCAUGACUUACCAGUUUUCUUACAAAAUAUUACUUUAGUUCAUAUUUUCCUUCCUUUUAUAACUACAGGAUGCAGUUUAUCAUUGUGAGGUGUCUAAAUUACAGUUGACCCGUAGGCUAGCAAAUUUCACUUAAAACACUAUGAACGAAUGGUGAAAUUGUCACCAUUAAUUUAAAAGUCUGUUACAUUAAUGACUUCUUAGAAUUCUUUUUAAGUUUUAAUCCCAGUGCAAGUUGUACCGUCUGGUAAAACUGACAUUUCUUAAUGUAGUGUUGUUCAUGUGUCUUUGUAUUGUAUAUGACAGGAAGGUUCUGUCUCAAAAACAAAGUAAUAUAUUAUAGCUAGUAAUACUUCUUGCAAGUUUAACUGAAACACAUUAUCAGUUGUAACAUUUUUUCAGUCUUCAUCUGCAUGAUUAUGAUGUUACUCAUUGCAAGCAAUUUCCAUUCUUGAGAAAGAAAUUUGAAGUAACUAAAAGCAAUACAUGUGUCAAAUUGAUAAAAAUCAUUCCAGAUACUUAAAUCAAUGUCUUGUAUUGUUAUCAAUUAUAGAUAUUACUUACAAGUUGACUGGGCUUCGGUGAACGUUUACAUUGCGUGACUAGCAUACAAUGGCUAAUAAAAAAUUAUUAUAUAAUGUCAAGGAAAGGUGAUUGCAAGACAGUUUAAAUUUGUGCAUUAUUUAAAUUAUGUAGGGCACAUGUUCGUAUAUCCUACGAAUUUAAUCAGUGUUACCUUUAUAUUCCAAGAAGAAAACUAAGCUAUAAAUGAUGUAAAAUUUUAUGAAAACAAUUACGAAUCAAAGUAAUUAAUUUUCUGCAAUGCAUAUCUAAGUUAUGUUUAUAUUCUUUUUAAUUGAAGUAUUUGUUAUUGUCUUCAAUAUUCUGAAAGUCUCGUCAGUUUAUAAACUUGUGCCAUAAUAGUUUGCAUGUAAUGGCCUUAUUUAUUCUAUUUUUUUAAGUCCCUUUCUUUUUUUACUCCCUGCUUUAUUAAGACUAAGGGAAAGUUUUUAUUCCUACUAACUGCAAAAACAUGUUAAAACAUGUAGGAGGUUCAGUAGCCAAUUUUCUAUGUUUAAAAGUGUUGAAGGCUUAGAAG